AUGCUUCAACCUACUGUGUCUUCCAUUCCAGAGGCUAAAGAAGAAUAUCUUGGUUCAUCUUUAGUAGAAAGAACAAGUCGAUUGCAUGCAAUUGUAGACUUGGGGCCUGCUGAUCUUUGCAACAUUUAUAAGCAAUUGACAACAUCGAAGAAAAAUUCUGAAAUUGGAACAUUUCUAUAUUUCACCGGAGUUAACACAUCAAACUCAGCUUCAAUAGCUGCACAACUCCAAGGAAUUGCAUACUUGAUUACUUCGAAAUCUCAAUAUUGGUUCGGAGAAAAAAAGCACUGGAAGGUACCUCAACUAACAUACUGUUCCUAUAAUGCAUUUUCAAAAGUUGAUAUGAGAGUGACUGUUCAUAUUCCUGGUAAGUUUGAAAGCACAGUUGUAGACCAAGAUGGUCAAUUGAUCCAUGACAAGAUCAGCAGUGAAGAGCUUGAAAAGUUUUGGUUAGAGACUUUUGUCAGUUCCAUAAUUAGAUCAAUGAUCGAUUCUGACGAAGAUGAUGUGAAUAAAGCAGGGGGCUUAGUUGAAGUUAGAAAACUUAAUCCAUUCAGUAAUGGAACGUCUUCUAAAGAAGACUUAGAGUCGUUUAUGCAAGGCUUUGAGAAAUUGUUCUUCGAUGGACCCAAACUAGGCUGCGGAGUUGAGAUUCCCCAACCCACCUUGAUUUCUAAUUAUCUAGUGGAUGGCUUUUUAAAGGUUGUGAAGCUUACCCAACAUUAUGAGAGAGCCUUAGAAGUAUUAGGAAACUUAGAAAAGGAAGAGCCAAGUGUAGUCACCUUAAUUGCCCAGGUUUAUUUGUUGAAAGACGAAGAAAUAGAAGCUGUUCAAAUUAUGAAUGAAGGGAUUAAAAAUCAUAAGCGAGAUGCAGAUUUGUUACUAUUACAAGCCCAAUUUUGUAUUGAUAAAAAGAGGUAUGACCUUGCUUUGGAUUUGGUAAAGCAGGCAGUUAAGUCUUCUCCUUCGGAUUUCAAAACAUGGUCGAAGCUUGUAGCGGUUUAUACAAAAUUGGGGGAUUUUGAAAAUGCAUUGUUGACUUUGAAUUCUUGUCCUAUGAAUUCUCACAAGGAAAAAUACGUUUUGCGAAGAAUUGUCCCCUUGAGAGGAGGAAACGAAGAUUUACAUUUGCCAUCACCAAUGGACGUGACCCUUAAUGAAGUUUCUAAUUUGCAAAGCAAUGAAAUCGCAUAUGAGCAAAGAAAUUUGGAUCCCCAAUUAAGUAACUUACCUGCUGCAAAUUUGAAAUCUACAUUCGCUAUGGCAUAUGAUUUGCUAACCGAAAUUGCUCUCAAGACUGGCUGGGAAUCGUUGUUGAAAUAUAGGGCUAAAGUUUUUGUUAUGGAAGAAGAAUACCGAAAAGACAAGGGCCCGACACAAAAUGGACAUGUUAAAGAUUCAGACACCUCAACUAAUAAUGGAGAAACAUUGACUGCUCAAGCUAGUGAAAAUGAUGCGUCUUCGACUAAGGCACUUAAAUCACCGAAACGAGAUAAUGCUGAUGAAGACAGCUCUCUAGAAGAUGAGUUCAGAAAAAAGAGAUUGUGUGAAAGGUGGCUAGACAACUUGUUUAUGCUACUUUAUGAGGACUUGAGAGCAUAUACUAUGUGGCAGGCGGAGUAUGUUCAUUUCCAAGCUCAACAAAUGGAGUACAAAAAGUCAACAUUGGAGUGGGAAAUUUUAGGAUUAAUUGCCAAUAGAUUGAAGCAUUUUAAAGAAGGAUCGAUUGCAUUUUCGAAUGCUUUGAGCGGGAGAUUUUCUGCUAGGUCACAGUGGGAACUAUUAAAGUAUCAUCAAAUGGAAAGAAAUAAAUUAUUAUACAACAACUCAUCUAAUGCAUCUUCAACUUCUGUAAGUGGUAUUACAUUCACUCAUAAUUUCAUCAAAUACAAUAAUCUCUUGAAUGAAAAGUUAUUAGAGAGCUGCAUUAAAUUACUUGUUUGGAAUCAUAGGUGGUACUGCGACUUUUCACCAACUUUGAUUAAAGUAUUGAGUGAUUUGGUAUCCAAAGAGGGCCUAAUAAAGAUUCAAUCUACUAUUCAAGCUAUAUACUCAAAUACGAGUGCAUCAACCGUAAUCGUAGACCCAAGCGAAAGUCACGGAAUAACGGAUAUGAUGGAAGAUAUUUAUUCUUUCUUUAAAGAUUACAAUCUCAGUGGCUCAGACAACUAA